AACUCUGACGUGAUUCUUCAAUGAAAUUUUCACGAAUUUCCCUCUUUCGAAGAUUCCGAGUAGAAAAAAAUGGAAAAAUCGUUGAUUUUCGAGCCCCAAAAUGUAGUUCAAUCCAAACCAUUAGAAUCGAUCAAACGCGAUUAAAAAACCGUGAAUUUGGGCUGAACUGCUGUUUCUUUCGAGCCACCGAGAUCGUCUAAACAGAAGAAAGAAAUUUGCACCUGAUUUCACCAGCUCUAAUUAGUGUCUAAAAGGUUCGGGGAACGUUUGUAACGAGAACGAGCUUGGUGCGAGGAAGAAUGAACGAAAUUCUUGGUGAAUGAAAAAAGAAAAGUUUGUGAUAACAAGCGAGGAGAGCUCUGGAAUAAAAACGACGAAGGUGGAAAUGUGAGCGUGUUUUCAGUACACAAACCUCGUGACUAAGAAAAAAACAUAUUUGAAUUUCACACCCGAAAAUUUGUGUAUUUUUUCACACGAUACUUGUGAAAAAUUAAAUCCGAUUCGUUGCUCGGGCUAAUUUGUGAGCAGAGUCAAAAAUACGGAAUGGCUUGUCCCGUGGGAAAUGGAACAGAGGAACUUGCGCAGGCGGGUGAUCAGCUGACCGAAGGUCCAGGCCGUGGACUCUUGUACGGCGAAUAUCUGAAACUCGACAAAAUUCUAUCAGCACAAACGCUGGUCAGUGCGGAAUAUGAUAAAGAAGUUCACGACGAGCAUCUUUUCAUCGUGACUCAUCAAGCGUACGAGCUGUGGUUCAAGCAAAUCAUUUACGAGCUCGACUCUGUGAGACGUUUGUUCGACACGGAAGUGGAGGAUUACAGCAGAUCGGAUUCUUGCGAUGGGAGCUCGUCGAGCUCGAAGGGAACUGGGGCCCAUCCGCGUCUCGACGAGACGAGAACUCUGGAAAUCCUCAAGAGGCUAAACCGCAUUGUUCUCAUACUGAAACUACUGGUCGACCAAGUCGACAUUCUGGAGACGAUGACACCGCUGGAUUUCAUGGCAUUCAGGGACUAUCUCUGUCCAGCCUCGGGAUUCCAGUCUUUACAGUUUCGUCUCCUGGAGAACAAGCUCGGAGUCAAGCAGGAACACCGCGUUCGGUACAAUCAAUGUUACACGAAGGUUUUUGGUCGCGAUCCAAAAGCGAUGGAAGCGAUAAGGCGAUCGGAGGAGGAACCGAGUCUGAGUUCGCUGGUACAAGCGUGGCUCUCCAGGACUCCUGGCCUGGAGGAAAGCUGUUUCGACUUUUGGGAUAAAUACCGGAGAUCCGUCGAUGCCAUGCUCGCCGAACAGGAAGAAGCUGCCAGGAAAACGACGAAGGUAGAGGUGCGAAAUUACAUGCUGGCGAAUGUGGAAUCUCGUCGAGCAGUUUUCGACACUAUUUUCAACGAGUCCCACCACAAAGCCCUCGUCGCAAGGGGCGAAAGGAGAUUCACUCAUUCAGCGUUUCAAGGAGCAGUUAUGAUAACGCUUUAUCGCGACGAGCCAAGGUUCAGUCAACCUCAUCAAAUCCUCACGGCCCUUAUGGACAUUGACUCCCUCAUCACUAAAUGGAGGUAUAAUCACGUUAUAAUGGUACAGAGAAUGAUUGGCUCGCAGCGACUCGGUACCGGGGGUUCUUCCGGUUAUCAGUACCUCAAAUCGACUCUCAGCGAUCGUUACAAAGUUUUUCUCGAUCUUUUCAAUCUUUCAACGUUUCUCAUCCCUCGUCCGCUCAUCCCUCCAUUGACAAAGCAAAUGAAAAUGAAAUUAUCCCGGUUCUGGGGGUGCUGGGCACCGGAGGACGAGGCUAUGGAGUUGACCAAUUCUGGGAGUUCAGUCGAGGGAUCCCUAUAGGGUUCGGAAGCCCAAUUUCCAGUUGUUUUUUUUUCCACCAAAAAUGCACGAAACUCUUUAUAAUUCGGAAUUUCAUGAGAACGAAUCGUUCGAUAAAAUUCUUGUAUUUUAUUUUUUCUUAUUAUUAAAAAUAUAUACACUUACACUUUUUUUUUCUGGAAAA